GCAGCUCCUUUCCCCCUUUGCUGCUGCCUCCUCCUGCAUCCGUUCCGCAUCAGUAGAAAGCUCCUAGCGCAGCCGCUUGGCAAGGUUCUUCCUUUUUUCUUGGACAACAUUUCGAGCCUCCCCCCCACUUUGGCCAGUUUGCAUGCAUUAUUUGUCUCCCAAAAUGGUUUGUGAGACUAAGAUAGUGGCAGAAGAUCAUGAAUCGAUUUCAGGAGCCAAAAAAGAGACAAUCAUCGUUUCUUCCUCUCAAAUGUGGCCCUCUUUAAUGGGCUUGCCUUCUUCUUCCCCGGCUUCUCUGAGCACCCCGAUGGAUGAAGGGGACAAAAAGGAGGGCGUUUGCAUCAGGGAAUUUCACCCUUCCGAGCAAGAAGUGGUGCGACGUAUAUUUUAUGAAGGCAUAAUGGAAAGGAUCCCCAACACAGCCUUCAGAGGGUUAAAAGACCAGCCCUUUACGCAGCUGGUUUAUGGGACAAUGGCUGUAAUAUGCUUUGUUGUGACCAAGUCCUUGCUGCUGACCUGCUGUUUACCCAUCUUUCUUAUGGGUAUGAGAUACUACUUCAGUAGAAAAGUUAUCCUCAGCUAUCUCGAGUGCGCACUGAAUACGGACAUGUCUGAUAUUGAGCAAUAUUACAUGAAAUCUCCAGGUUCCUGCUUCUGGGUUGCAGUUCUGAAUGGCAAUGUGGUGGGCAUUGUUGCCGCAAGAGGCAAUGAGGAAGACAACACAGUGGAGCUGCGUCGCAUGUCUGUUGACUCCAAAUACCGUGGUAAAGGGAUUGCCAAAGCUUUGGGUCGCAAGGUGCUGGAGUUUGCGAUGGUCAAUAAUUAUUCAUCCAUUGUACUAGGAACUACAGCAGUGAAAGUGGCAGCCCACAAAUUAUAUGAGUCUUUAGGAUUCAAGCAUGUGGGUGUUGUUGAACACUACACUCUGCCUGGGAUGACACAUUCUAUGCUAGAGCGAAUGUUUUUCCAGCUUCGCUACCACCGCUACUGCCUGCAGCUGCGCGAAGAAUAAAAAGGCCUCAACUUAAUUUUGUUCCUCCCCCUAAAUCAGUGUUUUGUGGGAGUUUUGUCAUUGUUUAUUUGCAGAUUACAUUUUAUUUUUAUGUUCCUUCAUUUCAUUGAGUUCAUUUGCUUUGUACAGAUUUCUUGUACAAACAAAGGGUCAUUCGUUUCUGACAUGCUUGUAGAGUGAUGGUGCUAAUGCUGGAGGUCCUGUUGGCUGUCCUUAAUGCAUACAUUUGUUCAGUGACCAAGGGGGUCAAGAUGGAUUCUCUCCCACCCACCCCCUCAGUCUUCUCUUGCCCAGGUUACCUACAUAAGCACAGAGACUUUAAAUACAUAACAGUGCUGCUUGUCUGGUGUGUGUAAAUAGUCUACCCCCUUCCCUGAAAUUUCAAAAGGUGUAGUGAUAAACUUCGGGAUACAGCUAAGUGGAGAAAUUUUACUUGAAUGCAUUUCUCAGUAUUUCAUGGACAAGUAUGCAUUCAUUUUACUAUGACAUAUUGGUUAAUAAUACUGAAAGAAGAUGUGAAAAACCUGCUUGCUAUGAUGCAUGAAGAGAAAGUGUUUGCAUGCUUUCAAACACAUGGCACUGCCAAGUAGGCUCUGAUCUUGCACUUUUUGGAUGUACCUCAUUCUGCCAACUGUCUAAAAGAAUCUUGUGCAUCCGAUAACUAUGACUUAUUCUUUUAUCCCUAUUUUCUUCCCAAGCCAGCAGAUAGACUUGAAGCAUUUUGAAUCCUGAGCCUAGUGUAACAUAUGUAAAUUACUGAAAUAUCAUAUGCGCUGAUGUAUUUAUAACCUGCAAUUCUGUGCCAGAUGCCUGUACAUGCAGCAGAAUUUAUUUUGAUUUAAUUUUACUUUCAUGUAUAAUUUUAGUUUGUUUAUUAUUUUUGCUUUUUAAAUUCAAGCUCUAGCUUUUGCUGACUGGUUUCACUGAGAGACAACGGAGGCUUCAGUUUCUAUGGCAACACACUUGUAUGCUAAUAUGUGCACCAAAUCUAAAUGCUUCAGAAAAGCAAUAUGCAAAAGACAGAUAACUGAAGUUGCAAGUUUGGCUGAAGGCGGCAGGGGAAACAAAGAUGCUAUUUUUAAUCACUCGCUAGUGGGAUAAAUAUAGACAGCCUGCCACAAAAAGUAACUGCUGCUUUAAUGAUGUCAAAUUUGCUAAUUGUACAGUACAAUGCAAACAGCAAUGCAACACAGAUUUGGCAUGUGUCUGUACUUAGGAUGUACAUUGCCAGCCACAAAAAAUAAUCAAGAUUAUAGCUUCUUCUGGCUUCAAAUACCAGUUUUAUAACGUAUUUAAAGAAAUAGCAAUUUUGCAUGUAGUUUAGUAGAUGUUACUUGGAGGGGUAACACUUCAGAGAGAAGGUGAGUGAUGAAGUCAAAUAAAAGGGUGACCUUUUCAUCAGGUUGGGAACACUCAUAUACAGUAUUUGGUGGUAAUCAAACCAAAUUUCUUCUAUUCCAGCUUAGUGUUGCUAAAAUUCAAUAGUCCAAGGGCAAGAAUUUGGUAUCUGGUCGUUGAUUUACAGAAACAAUCUGUUCUGUAACAAAACCAAUAGAGUCUGAUGCAAGGACCAGGAUUAAUCGCAACAGUGCCCUCAGUAUUCCUCUAAACCCACUUGAAGGGUACUGAAACCCCCCUGAUCUGUGUCUUCAGAGCCAGCAUCUCUUCCUUCCUUAGAAUGAAGGAAGAGAGAAUAACUUCUGUGGAAGAGAAAUUCCACUGAUAGUCCUAGCACGUGGAAAGAGGAGCAAUUGCUGUCUCCAUGCCUGUGAUAAGAUCACAACCAAAAGAAAAGAGUAGGUGCAAAAAAGCCAAAAUAUGUCAUCUUUUGAACAGGUAGAUGCCUUGUCUGCUGGUAUUCUUCCUGCCACAGACAUUGCCAUCCCUAAAAUGGGAGCAUCCAAUGGUGUUCCAGCAAUAAAACAAAUUGAUCAGUAAUAUGGAUUGAAUUUGAUUUCCAGAAUGUACCUGUUAGAAUUGAGUGUGUGUGUGGAUGUGGAAUGUAUUUUUUAAAUAUUUCUAUGCUGUACAUUUCUCCUAAAGCUGAAAUAUGUAUUGUGGGAAGGUAUAGGACAGAGGUGUAUAGUGUACAGAAAUUGGUAUAAUAUUUUCUAGCUGUUUUCAGUAAUUUCAUUAAACUGCAUAACACAGAAUAAUAUUAUAAAGUGUUAGGAAAAAGUGAAAGAAAAUAACUGCUUGUGCCUUUUAAUUUUUUUUUGUUUCUGUGUUGUCACUGCACUAAAUGAUUUCUGAAGAAUCAAAAUAUUAUGUAGUCUAAAUUAUUGGGGGGCAGCAGGGGACAAAGUCUAAACCGAAAUUUUAUUGAGGCACUUUAAGAAUGUGGCUGGUUUUGAUUCCUGUACCUUAAAGUUUUCAAUUUUCAUAUCUUUGUGAAAAGCCACCCCACCCCACCCCAAAAAAAGAAUGAAAGAAAAAAGAAAAGAAAAGAAAAAGAAAGUUCCACCACAGAAGCAUAUGAGAGACACCCUCUUCUGGUGUUAUGUAACCAUAUAUAUGCUCUACAUGCUUACAAUGCCAACAGGAGCACUCUGGCAAGUUUCACCACCCUAAUACCAACACACUCUGUAUUCCCGUACCCUGCUGACCAUGAGUAUAGAGUGAAGAAGACUAAUGGUAUACAGUAAUCCCUAGAUAGAAAUCUAUACAAGGGACAGAGUAGAUCAUAAUGAAGGUAGUGUUACUUUCAGUGUCAAAGAAGGCAUUGAGAACUGAGAGACAAACUUAUCAUUUUGGAUAGAAAUACCCUAAUAUUAUGCUGGGGACUGGUCGGGGGAAGGCAGCAAAUUCAGAUUUGAUACUAAAUGUAUGUAAACAUGAAGCAGCAGUAAAUCACAGCUCCCUGA